AUGCGUGUGGCCAAGUGGAUAACGGGGCUGCUGUACCAGCUCUCGCUCAUCAUCACCAGGUCUUGGGAAGUUCAUUUCCACCCCAGACAAGAAGCCCUAGUGAAGACGUUGGAGUCCUACGAAGUGGUGACCCCAGUGCGGGUCAAUGCGUUUGGAGAAGUGUUCCCGCAGAGCCGCCACUUCAGUCGGAAGAAACGCAGCUCUGAGGAUCCGGAGCCCACACCCUUCAGGACCCACUACCGAAUCAGCGCCUACGGGCAGCUCUUCCGUCUGAAUCUGAGCGCGGAUGCGACUUUUCUGGCCCCUGGCUACCGCGAGGUGCACGUGGGGACCUCCGCGCGCGGGACCCAGGGCAACCGAACCGUGACCACCCCAGACCUGCGACACUGCUUUUACCGCGGCCAGGUCAACGCGCGGGAAGAUCACCGGGCUGUCUUCAGCUUGUGUGGAGGACUGAUAGGAACGUUUAAAACACACGAUGGGGAGUAUUUCUUAGAACCUAUCAUGGAGGUAAAUGGAACUGAACAUCAAGAGGACCACAACAAGCCUCAUCUUAUAUACAGAAAGGAAUUCAAGGGGAGUUCUUUAUUACCGUCCUACAGGCCCUGUGAAGUUUCAGAUGAUCAAAUAAAGAAUAUCACUUUACCCUUUCAUGACCACAACUACAUGAGUGAAGAUCUUAGCCAAAUGAAGGAAAGGGUUUUCAAGAUCUCUUCAGAGAACAUGGCCUUGGGAGCUGAAAGAAGGCAGUUACAUUCCAGGAACAAACGUUUUAUAUCAUACCCAAGAUAUGUAGAAGUCAUGGUGACGGCUGAUGCCAAAAUGGCCCAUUUCCACGGGAAGAACUUGCAGCAUUACGUACUGACCCUGAUGUCAGUUGUGGCUGCAAUCUACAAGGACUCAAGUAUUGGAAAUCUUAUAGAAAUUGUAGUUGUAAAAUUAGUUGUACUUCACAAUGAACAGGAAGGACCAGUCAUCAAUUCCAAUGCUCCUGAAACCUUACGCAACUUUUGUGCAUGGCAGCAAACCCAGAAUGUUCCUGACGAUGCCAACCCUACACACCACGACACAGCUGUUCUUAUCACUCGGGAAGACAUCUGUGGAGCAAAAGGGAGAUGUGACACAUUAGGCCUAGCGGAACUGGGAACCAUGUGUGACCCUUUGAGGAGCUGCUCUAUUAGUGAAGAGAAUGGGCUGAGUGCUGCCUUCACCAUAGCUCAUGAGCUUGGCCACGUAUUUAAUAUGCCACAUGAUGAUAGUUUUAAAUGCAAAGAAGCUGGAGUUAAGGAUCAGUACCAUGUAAUGGCGCCAAGUUUAAAUUACAACACAAGUCCUUGGACUUGGUCCACUUGCAGUCAGAAAUAUAUCACCGAGUUCCUUGACAUUGGCCAAGGGGAAUGUCUUCUUGACAAACCAAGUGAACAUGUAUAUCCUUUGCCUUCACAACUGCCCGGCCUAUUGCACGAUGCUAACAGACAGUGUGAGCUCAUGUAUGGCCCUGGAUCCCAAGUGUGCCCCUAUUUGAAGCAGUGCCGGCGUCUAUGGUGCACAAGUGCUGAAGGUGUUCACAAGGGCUGCCGCACACAUCACAUGCCACUGGCUGAUGGGACUGACUGUGGGCCUGGGAUGCAUUGCUACCACGGGCAGUGUGUAAACAGAGACAUGGAGUUGCGUGCUGUGGAUGGCGAGUGGGGGCCGUGGGGGCCAUACAGCUCUUGUUCCAGGACGUGUGGAGGUGGAGUCAAAAGCUCUACCCGGCUCUGUGACAGCCCUGAGCCAAGAAACGGAGGCAAGUACUGUGUGGGCCGCAGGAUGAAAUUUCGGUCAUGUAGUACUGAUCCCUGCCCACAAGGCAAGGAGGACUUCCGAGAGAAGCAGUGCUCUGAAUUUAAUGGUAAACAUUUCAACUUCAAUGGGCUCACCCCAGACGUGAGAUGGCUCCCCAAGCUCAGCGGCAUUGCCCCAAAAGAUCGCUGCAAACUCUAUUGCCGGGUAGCUGGGACCCCUAGAUUCUACCAACUCAAGGACAAGGUUGUGGAUGGGACUCCUUGUGGGACGGGAACAAAUGAUAUCUGUGUUCAAGGCCUGUGUCAGCCAGCUGGCUGUGACCAUGUGUUAAACUCCAAGGUCAAGAGAGAUAAGUGUGGUGUGUGUGGUGGAGAUGACUCUUCGUGCAGGACAUUGACAGGAGUCUUCAACAGCACUGUUCGAUAUGGUUAUAAUGUUGUUGUCAAGAUUCCCAUAGGAGCAACAAACAUUGAAAUUCUUCAGUACAGCCAUUCUGGAAUACCAGAAGAUGACAACUACCUUGCAUUAUCUGACACUCAAGGGAAUUUUCUUUUGAAUGGAAAUUUUGUUGUAAGCAUGUCAAAGAAAGAAAUCAACAUACAAGGAGCUAUUUUUCAGUACAGUGGAUCAAACCACUCACUAGAAAGAAUUAAUAGCACUGACCGACUGGAGGAAGAACUUGUGGUGCAGGUGUUAUGUGUUGGUGACUUAUACAACCCGAAUGUGCACUAUUCCUUCAACAUUCCUGUGGAAGAGAAGAGUGACUCGUUUGCCUGGGAUCCACAAGGACCAUGGGAAGAUUGUAGCAAAAUGUGUCAAGGUCUUCGUAGGAGGAAGGUUGUCUGCAUCCGUCAGAGCGAUGGCGUGGUUGUGUCAGAUGAGCGCUGCGACCACCUGCAGCUCCCUGCCACCGUGACUGAAGGAUGCAACACAGACUGUGAACUGAGGUGGCAUAUUGUGGGCAGAAGUGAGUGCUCGUCCGCCUGCGGUCCUGGCUCUCGGUCCUUAGACGUCCGCUGCAUGAGGUACUCCAUCCACAAAGGACAGGCGGCCCCCAUGGAUGCCCAGCACUGCAGCGACCAGCCGAAGCCUGCCCUCCGCGAGCCGUGCCAUGGCCACUGCAGCGUCAUAAGGUGGCAUUAUUCUGAAUGGUCCCAGUGUUCUAGAAGCUGUGGAGGAGGGCAGCGGACCCGAGACUCUUACUGUGAAAAUAACUUUGGCCGCCGUCUUGCUGAGAAGGAAUGCCAGCUGCUUCAGCGGGUGACAGUGGAGCGCUGUAACGAGAUUUCCUGCCCAAGUUGGGCAACGAGUGAGUGGAGUGAGUGCACAGCCACAUGUGGCCAUGGCUAUCAGGUGCGGGCUGUUAAAUGUGUCGGUGGACCAUUCUCUACAGCACUGGAUGACGGAGAGUGCCCUGCCACCAGCCGCCCCCGUGACAAGCAGGACUGCACACUUCCAUCUUGCCCAGUUCUCCCCGAAGCGGCAGCCACUUUCUUACCAGGCAAUCUCCUGCGGAAGGGAUCGCAGUGGCGAUAUGGCUCCUGGACAGCAUGUUCCGUGUCUUGUGGCAGAGGGACGCGGGCCCGCUAUGUAAGUUGUCGUGAUGUUCAAGAUGAAAUAGCAGAGGAAUCGUCCUGCGCCCACCUGCCCCGGCCUGCGGAGGUGGCCGAAUGCUUCAGACUCUGUGGCGAAUGGCGAGCAGGCGCGUGGUCUCCUUGUUCAGCCUCCUGUGGCCAAGGAAAAACAACAAGGCAGGUUGCUUGUGUCAGCUCUCACCAAGCCAUCGAUGAGCGCUACUGUGACCCUGAGACACGUCCUGCCGCCCAGGAAGCAUGCAGCCUGGCCAUCUGUCCACACACACAGAGCCAUGUCCAAGGCAGGAAUCCCCCCUUACAUCACAAACCCGAAGUGGAUAAACACCCUUCUCCAUCCAGCAGAGGAAACCAGUGGAGAACAGGACCCUGGGGAUCUUGCUCCAGCAGCUGUGAGGGGGGCAUCCAGCAGAGGGCAGUGGUCUGCCAGGACGAAAACGGACUAAGUGCCAGCUACUGUGACCCAGCCUCCAGGCCCCCAGAGGCCCAGCACUGUAACACCGGGCCUUGUCCACGCUGGAACUAUGGAAGCUGGGGAGAGUGUACACAAACGUGUGGGGGCGGGACCAAAUCAAGAUUUGUCAUCUGUCAAUUGCCGGAUGGCCAGAUGCUACCGGAGCACAGCUGUGAACCCCGAAACAAGCCCCCCAGCGUGGCACAGUGCCAUACUCCUGCCUGCCCACAGGGGGCAGCAUGGCGUCGGGGCCCAUGGAAGAUGUGCUCAGCUUCUUGUGGUAAAGGUAUGAAACUCCGAGAAGUGUUUUGCAUGGACCCAUUCCAAGGAAAAUUAGAAGACAGAUACUGCAGCCAUCUCCAGAAACCUCGGACCCACAAAGCUUGCCGAGCGGUCAGAUGUCCUUCAUGGAAAGCCAACAGGUGGAAGGAGUGCUCAGCGACCUGCGGCGCUGGGGUCCAGCGCAGAGAUGUGUUCUGCCGGCUGCGGGGCGCCGGCCGCGUGGCGGAGGAGGCCUGUGAGGCAGCGGCCCGGCCGCGCACACAGAGGCCGUGCAGGCGCAGGGCCUGCGGGCGGGCCCGCUGGGCGGCUGGACCAUGGCUGCACUGUUCACCAUCAUGUAAGAAAAAAGAGACGUACAGGCAAGUCAAGUGCGUUGAUGCUAAAAACACCCAAGUGGACGAACAUCUCUGCGAUGGUUUCACCAGACCCUUUUCGGCCAAAAGAUGCAGGAAGCCACUCUGCAAAUACGUUGUGGUGACUGCAGACUCAUCACAGUGUGCAGGAAACUGUGGGCUUAGCUACCCACAAAGGAUUACAUACUGUGUUGGGAUCCAGUCUACCAAGAAGCAUAAGCCUCCUCAGCUUUGGCCUGUUCAGUACCAAGAAUGCCCUGUGCUGCCUUCCUCUCAGCUUCACAAAUGCGAUUCUAGAAGCUGCUUGCGUGUGGCCACUUGGAAAGUUGGGAAAUGGAGCCAGUGCUCGAUGACCUGUGGGACUGGGGUCAUGGAAAGGAGAGUUGAAUGUAGGCUUGAGAACGGCUGGCCCACUGACUUAUGCCUGAAACAUUUAAAACCAGAUGCUCAGAAGAAAUGCUAUGCUCAUGACUGCAAAUCAUUAGCCACCUGCAAAGAAAUCCAAGUUACAAACAACACUACCAAGGAUGGUGACUAUUAUCUAAAUGUAAAGGGAAGAAUAAUAAAGGUCCAUUGUUCAGGUAUGACCACAGAAAGCCCCAUGGAGUACUUACCACUGGUCAAAAGCGAAGACAACUUUUCUGAAGUAUAUGGCUUGAGACUAGAAAAUCCACACGAAUGUCCUUUUAAUGGGAGUAGGAGACAAGACUGUAAUUGUAAAAAUGACUACUUAGCUGCUGGAUAUACUGUUUUCCAAAAGAUAAGAAUUGAUCUCACUUCUAUGCAAAUUAAAACUAUGGACUUUCUUUAUUCCCAGACAAUAUUUGGAAAAACAGUUCCGUAUGCCACAGCUGGAGAUUGCUACAGUGCUGCUAGAUGCCCACAGGGACAGUUCAGCAUUAACUUGACAGGAACUGGGGUGAAGAUCUCCAGCACGGCCAAGUGGCUUGCUCAGGGGAGGUACGCCUCCAUCAUCAUCCACAGAUCGCAGGACGGAGCCAAGGUGUAUGGGCGAUGCGGAGGCUUCUGCGGGAAGUGCGCUCCUCUUGUGGCCUCGAGUCUUCCCUUUCAAGUGCUGUGA